GUAGCGGAACGAAUCACGCGAUCAACUAUUGACGAUCCGGGUAUUGAUUCAAUAAUAACUUUAGUACAACAUUCCCGAGUUUGUCUUUCCAUUGAAACGUCGGGUAGUUCUCUGUAACUUUUUUUUCAAAAUGACGGUUAUUGUAUGCAACACAAAGGCUGAAUAUGACGAACAACUGCACGCGGAAAGCAAUGCCGGUAAACUUAUCGUCGUAGAUUUCACGGCUACCUGGUGUGGACCUUGUCAAAUGAUUGGACCAGAAUUCAAAAAGCUUUCGGAUUUGGAAGAAAACCAGAACGUGAUUUUCCUCAAGGUAGACGUGGACGAAAACUCGGAAACUUCUGAGGCCUGUGGGAUCAGUGCUAUGCCGACAUUUCAGUUCAUGAAAAAUGGGGGAAAAGUGGAUGAAUUGGUUGGCGCUAGUGUUGAAGCAUUAAAAGCAAAGAUUUUGGAACACAAAUAAUCCACUAUGGAGAUUCGUUCGGCUCGAUGUGCAAAUGCGUGCUGAUCUUGACAAUAUAUAACUCUGACAGACUUUUAUGAUACGUAUUUUAGUUGACUGUUCUUUCAUUUUUUAAUUAUCUGUGUAUUAAUCAUAAAAAAUUUGGAAUCACGUAGCUGUCUUUCGGCAUAUCUUUCAAACGUCCAGUGUUGUGAAAAAAACAACAACAACUGUUUAUUCAUAAUUUUGAUCUGACUUUCCUAAUAAAAAUUAUUAACAGCUA